GCAUUCAGCACGUGAAAUGUCAGACUAGAACAAGUGAACGCUGCAGGACUUACACGAAAACAGGACCAGGACCAGAACGAAACAAGACUGCAACCUCUCCAAACAUGAUGCCUAGAGCUGAAACCAUGUCUCGCAUGAUACCCAGUCAUGUUCUGAGAGUAGGUCAAAGCAUCCACCUGGAUUCUACUCAGCGGACGGUGGAACAAAGCACCUGUCCCACCGAGCCCAGCGAUGACCCCGACCUCGACAUCUCCCUGGAUAACUUAAAUCAACUCAUCCUGGAACUGGAUCCGACAUUUGAGCCCAUUCAGGUCAACAAAAGUCCUCCAAGCCUCAGCCCACAUACAGAUGACUCCUCCCCAGACGACGACGUCACUAACUGCGUGCUGGUCCCCAGAGGGUGCUCUCCUUGCAUCUCUAUCAGCCCUUCCCCAUCACACAGUAUUCCCAUUCCCACAUAUGCCGGGCCAAGCUGCAGCCCCCAUGGCUCCGUCGUCUUCUCCAGCUCGCCUUCCUCCUCCCGGCCCCCGUUGCCGUGUGGUAGUGUACAUCGGCAAAAUCUCCCCCAGAAGAAUGAGAUAUUCUCCUCCCAAGGAUCUCUGCGUAUGUCCUACUCCAACAGAAACAGUGGCACCUCACUCCUCUCCACGUCACCGGGCUCAGACACCAGCUAUACCCUUGGCAGCUGCCUUUCUUUGGCCAGUGAGGACCACGACGGCUCAGAGUGCCUCAUUACUCGCACUUCAGGCUCCUUCACAGAGGGCUUCAAAACAAGGCCUUCACUUGGCGGGGAAAGUCCAGAAAAGCCCUCAUCAACAAAGCCCUUGCCCCUUGAGCAUUUCCGGGAUCUUCAGAACAAGGGAACAACACACAGUAGCCCUGCAUCACUGUCCGGGUCCUUGACAGAUAUCCCCCUGGUGCUCAUCAAUGGGACACCAGGACCACAGCUUAGCCACCUGUCUCCGCAACCAGAGAUGCCCUUAGUGCACACCGUACUCACGUCCAACUCCAAACCCCCUCACAGUUUACAAGCUCAUUUCCAUGGCAGUCAGCCGUCAAUGAAGUUUGUCAUGGACACCUCCAAGUUGUGGUUCCGCCCACAUAUCAACCGGGCAGAAGCUGAAGCCCUGGUGAGGGACAAAGAGCCAGGAACCUUUGUGGUGAGAGACAGCACAUCCUUCCGGGGCAGCUUCGGACUGGCUAUGAAGGUGGAUCAGGUACCGACCCACUCUCCUACAAGCCAACCAGGGAAUAGCAGUUCAGAGAUAGUCAGGCACUUUCUUAUUGAAUCGUCAGCCAAGGGGGUCCGCAUCAAAGGCUCCUCCAUAGAGCCGUACUUUGGUAGUCUGUCCGCCCUGGUCUACCAACACACCAUUUCUGCUUAUGCUCUACCCUGCAAAUUACUGCUCAAGUGUGACGAUGUGAACACAGGAGAGGAAGGAACAAAUGACAGGACAACUUCAGAGGACAAGAGUAAAACUGCUUGCAAUUUCUUGUACCUGAAUGCUGUCCCCACUGAGAUGUUGACGGGACCAUGUGCUGUUAAAAGGGCAGUCUCCUCCACCCUUGAGAAGGAAGUGGGUGCCAUUACACCCACCGUAGUUAACCUCAAGGUUUCCGUGAAAGGGGUUACAAUGACAGACAUCAACAGGAAACUCUUCUUCAGGCGCCAUUACCCUGCUCACCUGCUGAGCUACAGCGGUGAAGAUCCAGACGGACGACUGUGGCAGAAUGGAUCCCGUGCUGAAGCAAGGCUGUUUGGGAUAGUCGCAAAAGGGACAGAAGCCGGCGUGGGGAACGUGUGCCACGUUUUCGCAGAAUAUGACCCCCUUCAGCCCUGCAACCAGCCCAUUGAUUUUAUUCAGGGCACCAUAUCCAAGUCCUAAUGCUGGCUGGUCCUGAGAGCGGAGAAGCGUGGCAUCCAACUGCACAGUCCUGUGUACUGUCCGUGAUGUACAUACCCAUGUAAACAGCACACGUGAUGUGUCUCAUAAGCGAU